AUUGUUAGAAGUAAAUUAACUGUGCACAUUACUGGAAGAGUGUUGAAAGUAAUAUCCUUGUAGAAAUUGGAAAGGAAAUGUCAUAAGUAUCUUAGUUCUUUACAUUUCUGAUGGAAAAUCCAGCAGCAGCAAGAGAAAUUGCUGAUAAAACAAAGGGUGGAUAACUGAACAGUACAUCAGGGAAUUCCGUUGAAUGGUGGAAUCUUAGAGGUUUGUUUUGAUAUCUAAACCUCUCAAGUUAACUGGCUUAGUUUAAUUUGUAUUCUUUGUUUAAUUUGGUCAACAUCUUAUCUUUUUCUGCAAAUAUGUCACUAAGGUAGAAGUAGAAAAAGAAAACAAAGGAAAUUUUAAUAUUUAUUAUUUGGGAUAUUAAAAAAAUGCAAUUUUGUUAGACAAAAGGUGCAAAUUGCCCCCCAAAAUUAUUGCGUUGAAGCCAAUUGCCACCUGACAAAAUUGUUGAUGCAAUUUGCCACCCCAAAUUUCCAUUUUCAAGAAAUCAACCCAAAUUUAAUAGUUACUGCUAACUUUUCAUUAGAUUUCAAGAGCAAUAAUUUAAUAGAGUUUAAUGGCAACCGUUAAAUUUGGGCCAAUUUCUUGAAAAUGGAAAUUUGGGGUGGCAAAUUGUGUCAACAUUUUUUUUGGGUGGUGAUUUGCUUCAACACGACAGUUUUAGGGGGCAAUUUGCACAUUUGACCAAUUUUGUUACCAAAUUUGGAAGAGAUGCAAUCCUAGAACCUUUUGGUAUAGACCUGUUGCCAGCAGAUGGAGAUGAGAACAAAAAGUAACUGGAUUCUGCUGUUUUCAUCUCAUUAUGCUGCACCAUCUUUGGCUUUAAGAAUUGAAAGCCAUAAGUGAUAAAGUAGCGACUUUAUCUUUCAUUGGCUGGGCCAAAAUUUUGCUAACAAUACUUGAAAUAAUUGGUUUAUAUUACAUUGAAGAUCGUUAUGAUAUUCUGGGCCCUCACUUUAGAUUGUUCAUCCUGGAAAUGUCAAGGACAAAUUAGUGACAAGCCUGUGAGAACUAUUUUUAUGCUUUCUGAUUUUCCUUGGGAAGUCUCUGUCUAAUUCUUCUCUGGUGUGAAGUUAUUGAAAAUUUAGACUUUAAUUUUCCAUUUUCAUUCAUCUUUGAGGUCAUGAUAGGAAAUUCACUUGUAACUUCCAAAAAUGAACUUCUGGAUGACGAUGAAAUUUUCGGAUACUGCUUUCCAUAUCAAACCUUAGUUUCUUAGCCGGCAAGUGAUUUCAGCCUAUAAACACAGGGUAACUCAAUUCUUUUCUUGGUCAUGACCAAUCCUGAUCUGUUAGUUGUUUUUCCAUUUUAAUUUUCAAACAAGUCUAUGGAGAUGGAAAGGAGGUCAGGUUCUGAAGAAGGCACUAUAAGAAGUUCAAAUCCAGAAAACAACAUCCCGUGUCAGCAGAAUGACGAUGGUGGCAAUGGGAGCAGAGGGUCCUCCUCAAGAUUCAAAGGGAUACAACCACUAGAAAAUGGUAAAUGGGGUGCAAGGAUCUCUCUCAGGUGCAAGCCAUACUGGCUUGGAACAUAUGAAAAGGAAGAGGAGGCAGCUAUGGCUUAUGAUAGGGCAGCCAUCAAGUUGCAGAGAAGUGAUGCUUCCCUCAACUUCUCUUUGAAAAAUUACACAGCUCAGGAGAACAUUUUUCAGAGUUGUUACUCAAAAGAGGAGGUUUUAUGUAUGCUGAAGGAUAAAACAUACUCAUCUAACCUUGUGAGCUUCCUUUAUCAUCAAUGUUUGACAACAGGAAGCAAUUCCCUGAAGGGGGAGAUCUCCUAUCAGAUGCUCUUUCUGAAGGAGUUGACACAGACAGAUCUCUCUUCUAAGAAGGGGCUUCUCAUCCACAAGGAAUAUGCAUUGAAGUACUUUUCACCUUUGAUUGGAAGCAGUUCAAAUGGAGGUGAACUUGAAAGCAAUGUUGCCGAACUUACCUUCUAUGAUAAGCACCGCUGUUCAUGGACUUUUCAGUAUUCAUAUUGGAGCAGUAUCCAGAGCUAUGUGUUUACAAGAGGUUGGAGACACUUUGUCAAAAUGAAUAACUUGAAUUCCAGAGACAUUGUCAUCUUCUACAGAUGUGAGGUUGAAGAGGAGGGACAAAACAGAGUGUUUCACAUGAUUGAUAUACGACAUCGUGAUGCAGAAAUGGAGAUUGAAGGUAAGAAUGCACAGCAUAGAAUGGGUGCAGGGGAGAACCCAAAUGCAGGGAUGAAGCUCUUUGGUGUCUGGAUCCAGACUAAUGGGAAAUAGUCUGCCUACCUGUGGCAAUGCUGUUGAUCAUUUCCGUUUUCCUUUCAUAGUAUUCUAAUAAUAUUCAUGAUUGGACUAGUUUUACCAUGAAUGAUGCGUAUUAUGAAUAUCAUAGUGUGGCAGAAUAAGCUGUUUUCUUUGUUGGUUAUCAAUCAAUUGAAUUAAUAGUU